AGUAUGUUACAUUGUUACUCAACCCUUUUAUAAGUAACACAGUGAAAUCGACCUGGAAAAUGUCAGCUCAUCUCCGGGUUAGUUACGGCACAGACGACGACUGCAUGGAGAUGGACGUUCACGAUUCUGACAAAUGGUGUUUCUGCAAGCAGCCACAAAGUGGGAAAGUGAUGCUAUGUUGUGACAUCUGCGACAGAUGGUAUCAUUCAGACUGCGUGGCCAUCAGCAAAGUGCGUCUUCAAAAAAUGACAGAAGAAGCCGCGGAUGGUGGGAGAGAGCAAUACAAGUGUCUGUUUUGUAAAGACAAAGAACAGCAAGCUAAAGAACAGGAAAAACAACAGAAAUUGAGAGAAUACAUGGGCGACGAUGGCGAUAAUCAGAACCCAGAGAAAGACUCAAACAACGAACAUCAAUAUCAAGAUGACAAACCGACAUCUGCUCACAUUAAAUCGGCACUGGCUCCCGUUUUCGAAAUUGCAACGCCAAUAUUUUCUAGCAGUAAGUCGACCAGCAAACCUCAGGCGUCUGUAUUGGCUCCUGUUUUUGACUCAGCUCCUGUAUUUUUGGAAGAACCAGUGGUCAUUCCUGAGCAGCCAAUCAAAAGUACCGCACCACUCCCUAAACCAGCAGCUGCACUUAUGCCAGUUUUCGACCCAAUUGUACCCAUCAGUUCCAGUGUUGACUCUAACAGUAAAUCAGCUGCAGAAUCAGAAAGUGGUUCUGCUCAGGACUCAUCGGCGGACGAAUCAGACUCAGAAGCUGUUGAAGAAGUAUCCGAAAGACCAGUAGAAUUGACCACCGAUACGCCAACUGAGGUAGUUUCUUCUACAGCAGCAAAUGAGAGUAAUGAAAUUACUUCUACACGAGAAAGCGCCGCGAAAAACGUCGAUAAUGUAGCGACCAAAGCGGAAAGUGAUUCAGAAAUGGUGUGGUCUAACUCAUCUUUUAGCCAGCCUACAGAAAUACAAAAUCUAGACAGCAGUAUCGAGGAAAUUUCGGCUGAGAUGAAACAAAAGGAAGAUGCAAAUGAACUAGAACCCCGAAUUAAACCCACACAUGUCGAGGAACUUCAAUCGGAAAAAACUGAUUCAGCUGCUACAACCAAGCUAGAAUCUGAACCGAAAUAUGACAUAAAAAUUGAAUCGGCGGAAAUCAGUGAUACUCCAAAGAAGCCAGUAGUUGCUAAAGCUGAAGCGGAUUCGUCUAUCAAAGAUAGUGACGAUGAUUCUAAGACCGUGGUGAAACCAGGAGCUGAUUCUUCUGAGGUUCCAGCUGCGAAUGAGCCCGAAGAAAUUGCGGCUAAGGAAGUCUCCUCGGAUGACGAAGAAGACACUCUGUUGUCUAUGAAACCCCAGCCAAUGAUGGUUCCUCCAAGUCCUAAGAGAACCAAGAAAACUUCAGAGAGCAGCUCAAGCUCGGAUGAUUCGAGUUCCGAUUCCAGUAGUGGAUCUUCGUCAGAUUCAUCUUCGGGAUCCUCGUCUGACGAUGAUUCAAGUUCAAGGCGAAAAGAUGCGUCUAAAAAGAGUAUGUCGAAGCAACAGAAGGCAAAACUCAAUUCUCUGUACAAGAACAGUCCGAAACUAAAGAUGGAUCCCAUCAUCUUAUGCCCUAGAUUACCAGCAGAUGUGCUGGAAAAGUGCAAUAAGGGAGCACGAAUAAAUAAACAAGAGAUUCGCAAGCUGAGAGAACAGUCGUUAAAGGCCAGUCAAAUUGCAAAUGCGAAGCUAAAAGCAAUUAAAAAUAAAGACGCUUCUGUGAACAUUAAAGCGAAGCGUGACUCGUCUUCAGAUUCCAGUUCUUCGGAUGACGAAAAAGUCAAGAAAAAAUUCAAAAAAGACUUCAUUAAGAAACCAGAACUAUCCGUAGCGUCAAAACUUCCCUGGCAUAGAAGCGCAGAAAUAAAACAAAUUAUUGGAGGCGAGGGAAAGCCAUUUAAACCAGCAGUUCCACCGAUCCAAGUAAUGUCAUCACUCGAUUCUAAAAAGACCGAACCUAUUCCAAAUAAAUCCACGGACAAAGAAGAGGUAAAACCUGAAGAACGUGAAGUCAAACAUGAGGAGGAAGAUGUUAAAGAAGAGGAAGAAGUAUCAAUGGAAGCGUUGGCAGGUUUGGAAGUGACAACGCGGCCAAUGUCUUCAGAAUCAAAUGAAAUCGUGAAUACCCCAUCAAAAGAUGUUGAAGAAGAAAAGGAUGAAUCCGAAAAAGAAAUUGAGCAACCUGGACCGUCAAAGCCUAGAAAGAUGGUUUCUUCAGGCGACGAGUUCGUAGAACCCAGUUCACCACCGAGAAGCAAAAAGAAAAAGAAAAAAGAAAAGAAGCAAGAGAGAUCUCCACCUCCGAUUGCCAAACCGAAAAAGAAAAUUAGACCCGUCAGUUCGUCGGACGAUGAAAAAACGACAUCGAAACCGGUCGAAUCUGUGUCAAAGCCGAAAAAAUUAGAAGCUACCGAAACUGAGAGUAGUGCACCACCAAACGCAACAGAGAAUGAUGAUGACGCGAAGUUACGACUGCUCGAUGAAGAUCUAUUCAAGAAGCCGAAGAAAAAGAAGAAGAAAGAUGACAAACCAGCUUUAUCACCCAGCAAGCCGCAGCCCAAAGUCGUGCAACAAGCGGAUGAACCUAGAGAGGUUUUUGCGGAUGAUGCUCUGAGUUCGAAAUCGAGGGGACACCGUCCGAAAUCUGUCAAGAUCAGAGAAGGAGGCAGUGGUAGAAAAUGUAUUGUGCCAACCUGCGGGAAGCCGGUCACUGUUGGUGGAGGUGAGAGUAAUUUCUGUCAGAAAAACUGCAUCAAGAGACACGUGAGUAAAUUCCACAACGCAGUCGGCUACAAAUCUGGAUCUGAGGAGGGAAUUCAGAACCCAGAAGUGUCCUCCUCUCAGGACAAGAUCGUAGUUCGACUUUUAGACCGCCAGGCCAAUAUAACGGUGGAUGGAAGCAGGGCGCCCAAUAUUGGCGAUCUGUACAAGUGGCUGAGACGCAAUCCUACAUAUGAAAUUGUGAUGCCAGAGAAGAAGCAUUCUGAGAUUCUGGAGGAGACCAGGGCUAAGAACAAGAAAGUGCUCAGCAGAAAACUGAUCGAGUUGUUGUCGAAUCAGAAGCAGAUCACUGGCAAGUCAGUGAACUCGUCCUUGCUACACACGGUCGCAACAGACUUUGAGUUGAACCUGUUUUGCUAUUGCCACAAGGAAUUGAACCAACAGUACAACGAUUGUCUUAAUCGAGUGUUGCAGUACCUCGAUGCUAAUAAGGACCUUUUCGAGUGGAUAUCUAACGGGAAGCUCACCCCGCAACAUCUCGUACUAAUGACUGAAGAUGAUUUCAAAAAGGUUGGAACCAGUAAGUUCAUCGACUUCAUUCCACAGAGUGAUCUGUUCCCGGAAACUGCCUCUUCGAAAGUAAUAGAGAAGUACAGAAAACAGACGGACAUUCUGGGAUCGAUCGUGGUAGACACAACCUCAGAGCACGGCACUGGGCACCAGUUUAGUAACACAUGCAAGGUCUGCAAGAGAAGCAGACUAACCUCAGUGCUGACAGCCGAAGAAAAAGAGGAACUGAGAGUGAAGGCAGAAGAAAAGAUUGCGUAUAGUAGUCACAAGCUGAAAAAGUGUGUACCCACAAUUUGCUAUUUUUGCUGCAAUCCAAUUACCGAAAAUGAUACGCAAUUACACAUGGAUCAUCAGUUUAAUAAAAUAACUAAAGACCCGAACUGCAGACAGUGUAAGUUAGACGAUUUGGAAGAUGACAUGUCAAAACAAAUUCGAACUAGAAGAGACCAGUAUGUAAAAUCAAAAAAUCAUGAUCGAGUGACGAUUCUGAGCGAGUUGAAUAAUGAUACCGUGGAGGACGACCGACUGUUCGGAUCUGGCCGCGUGACUGGGGCGGCGGGACUCCUGAACGAAGUGGACGACAAUCCGCCCUCAGAGCCUCUGGUUUCAGAGCCUCUACCAUCAUUCAGUCUCAAUGCUUCACCAUCUCGGGAUAACAUAGCAGGCUCUUCACUUUUGAGUUCUCCUGGAAAUGACGAUGGACCUCCUCCGCUUAAGAAGGUUGCCAUGGCAUCCCCACCGCCUCCAUCGCUAAGACCUGUGGCUUCUCCGCUGUCUCAAAGGGAGUUCCAUGGAUCUCUUUGGGACGGCGACCUUGUACUAGCUGAUGACAGAAGCAUCCAAGUAUCGAUGCUCCCUCUCUUUGGAUCUAUUCGCAAUUUGAGAUCAGACUUGAGUUCACAAAUUAUGGCAAAAGGUAGAUUGGAAAGAGUACCUGCGUUCACGUAUCUGAAAAAGGUAUAUGAAAGGAAGAAAUUUGGAAUUGCGAUUGUGGAAUUUGUUCUUCCGACUGAUUCCAGAAAUAGGCAGUUAUAUUUGGAUCAUUUUGACUUUCUAGUAAGUAAAAAGCAACUCGGAGGCACAACCCAAAAUCCGGCGUCCGUAAAAGAAAUGUAUAUUUUGGCUUUAUCCGCUAACGACUCUUUUCCGACGGAAAUGGGACUUGAUGUAAACUUAACGUCACCAAGGAAAGAUACACUGAUUGGGUUAAUCGUACGCAAUUCGCCCCCUGACAUAGAAGUUAGCAAUGGUAACCAUGCAAGCCAAGCUCCCAGGCAUGCGCAAGAAAUUUAUAAGGAUGUCGUUUCUAAUCCUGGGAAACCAAUUGGCGACAUAGUUGGACGUUCGUUUCCCAGACGAGAAAAUGGCAGUCAUUGUUCCCUUGGUCGCUUGUCUAACGAGAGACUGUACCAGGAGUCACAAAGUUCAAGUUUCCCUUACUUUAAAGAAGAAACCGUGGAACGCAGUAUCAGUGCAAGCAAAAGUUACCCUGACAGAACUGCGGAGUAUGGACGUAGAUCCUCACAGGAGUCCUUUUCCAGUUGGGGUCGCGAUAGUUCAAACGGAGACCGUGACUCGUACAGAGGCAAUCUACCAAGUUCCUCUCUGGCGCGAUUUAAAAAUAACGACAGCCAUCUUCCGCGCAGAAGCGAUGAUCCGUUGCAACACUUAUACAAACCCCUGGAUUCGUUCGGCCCCCGAAGCCCAACGUCAUCGUCUGCAGAAUCGAGACCCCCCAUUUUGAGAGAACCUUUGCUAUCUAAUAGUUAUGAACAGAUGUCAGAAACAGACCGAAUGAGAAUGGAGUAUGGAGGUGAUUUCAGAGCGCCAAAAAGAGCAGUUGAGCUAAUGGACAGUCGCGAUGUUUCGGCGAAGAGACCCAGAGAGUUAAUUAGUGAAAAUGAUCGCUAUGGCGGAUUCAACGGAAAUUCGCGUGCAUUACAGCCUAGACAGUAUACGUACAGAUAGACUAUUAAUUAUUGCAGAGACAAUUUGACCUUUCCUGUUGUUUUUAAUUACUUUGAUCCGCGUAUGGUCAUUGUUGAUUUUCUUUUCAGUCAAUUACGAUUAAAACUAAUUUACAUCAGAGUUGGUUUGAAAAACAUAAGUGCUGAAGAAACGAGUUUCAAGUUUAGUUUUUGUUUACAUAAGCAAUGCACGUUAUAAUACGAGUUCAUUUUUUUCUGUAAGUCGUCGAUUUAUUUUUGUAAUAUUUUGUGUUGGGGAAUUUGUUUAUCUUUUUUUACUGGUCUGCAAAGCCUCAUUUUAUAUCCACUGUAUCGAAGGGAUAGAAUUACUGCCUUGGAUUUCCUUGUUCAAUUUUUCUUUCACGGCUUUUUAAAAGUUUUUUUUUCGAUAUUCCUAGUGCAGCUUUUUACGCUUGUUUGCGAACUGCAAACUCGCCUUUUUUCAAGUUUUUUUUCAAAUGGUUUAUCGAGGAAAUAUCGUAUUAUGAGUGGUUAAAAUCUACAUGAGCAGUACAACAAAUCACAUGUUGUUUUUUAAAAAACGACAAUUUUCAAUGAUUCGCAAAAAAUGUAAGCGAAAGACUAAAUUUUUCAAUUUUUGGUCGUUUUUGGAGCGCACGUAAGUUUAUGGACAAAUAAAAAAUUGUAGAAAGUAAAAUCUCAUCAAUUUGAGUUUUGUGACGUGUUUUUCUCUUUCGGUUCUGUGGAUUCUUUUGUGCAUGGCGUUGUAUCGAUGGCUCAUCAGACUAAAUAUCUCGUCACAUUUCGUUAAACCAGGUUAACAAAUUACUUAUUGGGAUACCUUAGGUUGUUCUAAUCAGUUGAAUUUUCAUGAGAUAGUUACAAGUCAAUUAGUCACGACUUCUAAUUCAGCUUUCACUAUAAAUUGACACUUCAAAACUGCAUACGGAUCAAACCCGGUGUUUAUCGGGAAAAUUGAUCUUGGUGUAAAAGUAAUUUUGAUACCAGGAGCUGAACAUAACAGCCGUAGGUACCAGGAGCUGAGUUUUGUACAUCAUUGGUAGAUCUUAAUAAUACAGCUGAAGAUAACAACCUGAAUUGCGCUCUAGAAAAUAGGGUGUUUGGAAGGUUUUUUAAAUUUUUUUCUCCUUUAUUUAUCCUUAAGGAAUCAUGUUUUUGUCUGUUUAAUGAUUUUCUUAGUUAUUUUAUCAUAAUUCAUUAUUUUAUUGCACCGAGAGUAUCAUCCAUGAAUUAAAAACAUCCAUGAAGUGAAAGGUGACUACAUAUGGCGCCGUUUCUUUGAAGUCAACAUAAGUGUUUGUAAAAAAAAACGUCUCCCAGUGGCAUUCAGUUCAAGGUUUGAGAAUGAUAUGAGGUUUUUAUUUCAAAUUAAUUUCACGACAAUGGUUUUUGGGAAAAUUUGUUCUGAAAAGGUUCAUUUUUGCUAAUUUAAUGCCAGAAUCUAAUAAAACACCAUAAAUUCAAAAGAGCUGAGUGGCAUUAUCUUAAAUUGUAUUGAAAAGUGUUUCUAAAAUCAGUAGUUUUUUCUGUUAAUUUACAUUAACUGAUUAUGUUUUUGUCAGUAGUACAAUGGUUUGCUCUCGAUAUAUAAGUGCUUUGAUUAGUUCUGAUGUAAGGUAUUGCUAAUAGUUAAUUGCUUAUUUUGCCGUUCUAUUUUCACUGAGUACUGAAUAGUUUAAAUCGUCUUUAGAAUGAAAGGUGACUUAAUGUUGUACCGUAUAUCUGAGGCGGGCUGCGUAUUUCCAAUUCGUUUCAACUCUCUCAUUUUAAGAUCUCUUGUUUUUCCGUUUGGCAGAAAGUUGAUGUCGGUUUGUAAUUUUUUAAAAAAUUUUUCAAUAGGAAGGAUUUAAACUUUUUAUUUGAAAAGUUGUCUCUUACCUUCAUUAUAACUCUUGUCGAUGUAAACUAAAGCUGUUUUUCUUCUUAGAUUGUUUGAUUUUUUUUAUUUGGAUCCAUAAUUUUUUCCAUUCA